AUGGCCCCACCCAACAAUGAGUGUGCGUAUGAAGUAAUCAAGAAUGUCGCCGCCUCGGAGGAGCUGGCCCAACGAUCUACCGAAAACGACGAGCUGCCCAAGAUGCAGAUGGCAUGGGAGUCUCCGGCCGCUCAAGGGCUUUACGAUCCACAGAAUGAGCACGAAGCUUGUGGCGUUGGUUUCAUCGUGUCGAUCGAAGGAAAACCGAACCAUAAGAUUUUACGCGAUGCUCAAACCCUUGCCAUACGCAUGAACCAUCGGGGUGCGUGCGCCUGUGAUAACGAUACCGGCGACGGUGCAGGUGUUUGCACCUCGAUUCCGCAUCAGCUGUAUGCCAAGGAGCUGGCUUCUCAAGGCAUUGAACUUCCCGCUUUUGGCCGUUACGCAACGGGUAUCUUCUAUCUGGAUAAGAUUUCGCACGAGGAGGCAGAAAAGGAGUUUAACUCCCUGGCUGAAAGCCUCGGUUUACAGGUGAUCUCCUGGCGCAAUGUUCCCACAAACCACGAAGCAGUCGGCGCAGUGGCACGCAAAAGUGAACCCUUAUCCCGGCAGGUGUUCGUUACCGCCGACGUCGACGAGGAAACCUUUAAGCGACAUGUAUUUAUUUUGCGCAAACGUGCCACGCACGAACUGCAGCGUCCUGGCCGCCGGUUCUACAUUUGCUCACUUUCGCCGAAAACGAUCGUUUACAAAGGUCUGUUCACGUCGGACCAGCUGUGGGAGUACUAUCUGGAUUUGAAAAAUCCCGAUUUUCUCACCUAUCUGGCGCUGGUGCACACGCGCUUCAGCACCAACACUUUCCCAUCCUGGGAGCGGGCUCAUCCGUUGCGUGUGCUGGCACACAAUGGUGAAAUCAAUACGCUCCGCGGUAAUGUGAACCUUAUGAAGGCACGUGAAGGUGUUAUGAAGAGCGAGCAGUACGGUGACGAGCUCAAGAAGCUCUAUCCGGUGGUCGAGCCGAACCUGUCCGACUCCGGUUCAUGUGACUGCGUUCUUGAAUUUUUAACACAAGUUGGAAAUCGAUCGCUUCCGGAAGCUGUCAUGACGAUGGUGCCAGAAGCGUGGCAGAACGAUCGUACCAUGUCGCAGGAAAAGCGUGACUUCUAUCAUUGGUCCGCUUGUGUGAUGGAACCGUGGGACGGUCCGGCACUGAUUUCAUUCACCGAUGGCCGCUACAUCGGUGCCAUUCUCGACCGUAACGGGUUACGCCCGUCCCGCUUCUACGUUACCCGCGACAACCUGCUCAUCAUGGCAUCGGAAGUCGGCGUUUACGACGUAGAUCCCAAAGACGUUACGCUAAAGAGCCGCCUGAAGCCGGGUCGUAUGCUGCUGGUGGACACCGAGCAGAAGGCGCUCAUUCAGGACAUCGAGCUGAAAUCGGAAAUUGCCAAGUCUCGCCCGCAUAGCGAAUGGCUGAAGCAACAGAUGAUCACAAUGGAUGAGAUUCGGCGCGAAUCAGCGGCAAAAACGAACGGUGCAGCCGAUACGAAUACCAAUGGUGACAGUCAACUGGUGGAAAAGAAGGGAAUUCUGGAUCCACGUCUGCAGCUGUAUGGUUACACGACGGAGACUAUUCAUAUGCUGUUGCUGCCGAUGAUCAAAAACAAGAAGGAAGCGUUGGGUUCGAUGGGUAACGAUGCACCACUUGCCUGCCUGUCGGCGUUCCAACCAUUGCCGUACGAAUACUUCAAGCAACUGUUCGCACAGGUUACUAACCCACCAAUCGAUCCAUUCCGUGAAAAAAUCAUCAUGUCGCUACAGUGCCCGGUCGGGCCGGAGGCAAACCUACUGGUGGCCUCACCCUCGCAGGUACAUCGCAUCUGGUUGGAUAAUCCGAUCCUAAGCAUACCGGAUGCUGAAGUUCUGAAACGGAACCAGCAUCGCGGAUGGAAAACUAAGGUUCUCGAUAUUACAUUCCCAGCGAACGAGGGUCCACCGGGUUACAUAAACGGGUUGCGACGCAUCUGUACCGAGGCGUACACGGCUGCGCAGAACAGUUACCAGCUGCUGGUGCUGUCGGAUCGUAACGCGAGUGCCGUACGGGCACCGAUCUCGUCCCUGCUCGCCCUCGGUGCGGUCCAUCAUCAUCUCAUCGAGACGCGCCAGCGCAUGAAGGUGGGCCUGAUCGUGGAGACGGCAGAGGCACGCGAAGUCCACCAUGUCUGCGUACUGCUCGGCUACGGUGCCGACGCAAUCUGUCCCUAUCUGGUGUUCGAGAUGGUAGGUGCGCUGCGCGAUGAAUGUGUGCUAGAUCCGGCACUGACGGAUGAUGCGAUCUAUCGUGCGUAUGCAACGGCCGUCGAGACCGGCAUUCUGAAGGUGAUGGCCAAAAUGGGUAUCUCGACGCUACAGUCUUACAAAGGUGCGCAGAUCUUCGAAGCCGUCGGUAUGGGUGCGGAUGUGAUUGAUCUGUGUUUCCGUGGUACGCAGUCGCGCAUUGGCGGUGUAACGUUGGAGGUGCUGGCACGCGAAGGCCUUGAGCGGCAUGAGCUGGUGCACGGUACGAACCAUACCGACGCAAAGAUACUACGCAAUCCCGGCCAGUUCCACUGGCGUGCUGGCGGCGAAGGUCACAUCAAUGAGCCGGGUGCGAUCGCCGCGCUCCAGGAAGCAGCGGUCAAUGAGAGCAAGGGUGCGUACGCUACCUUCCGCGAUACGACUAUGCGCAGUGUGCAGCUGUGCACGUUACGCGGUCAGCUAGAGUUUGCGAAGGGCCGUCCGCGCGUUGAACUCUCGGAAGUCGAACCAGCGAGCGAGAUUGUUAAACGGUUCGCCACGGGUGCGAUGAGUUUUGGUAGUAUCUCGCUGGAGGCUCAUGCUACACUGGCUAUCUCGAUGAAUCGUAUUGGCGGCAAGAGCAACACCGGUGAAGGUGGUGAGAAUGCUGACCGCUAUAUGAACCAGGAUCCGCAACAUAACCGCCGAUCGGCCAUCAAGCAAGUCGCAUCGGGUCGGUUCGGUGUAACGGCCGCAUAUGUUGCCAAUGCUGACGAUCUGCAGAUUAAGAUGGCGCAGGGAGCGAAGCCGGGAGAGGGCGGUGAGUUGCCCGGAUACAAGGUGUCGCAGGAUAUUGCAGACACGCGCCAUUCGGUGCCGGGCGUGGGUUUGAUUUCACCACCACCGCAUCACGACAUCUACUCAAUUGAGGAUUUGGCCGAGCUGAUCUACGACCUGAAGUGUGCUAAUCCCAAGGCACGCAUUAGUGUGAAGCUCGUGUCGGAGGUGGGUGUUGGUGUGGUCGCUUCCGGCGUGGCGAAGGGCAAAGCGGAACAUAUCGUCAUCUCUGGCCAUGACGGUGGUACCGGUGCUAGCAGCUGGACCGGUAUCAAAUCGGCUGGAUUACCGUGGGAGUUGGGAAUUGCCGAAACACAUCAGGUGCUUGUGCUUAAUGAUCUUCGUUCAAGAGUUGUGGUUCAAGCUGAUGGACAGUUACGUACCGGCUUCGAUGUCGUUGUGGCAGCAUUGCUCGGUGCCGACGAGUUUGGCUUCAGUACUGCACCUUUGAUCGUGAUGGGAUGUACGAUGAUGCGCAAGUGUCAUUUGAACACAUGCCCGGUCGGCAUUGCGACGCAAGAUCCCGUGUUGCGGGCCAAGUUUGCUGGCAAGCCGGAGCACGUGAUCAAUUACUUCUUCAUGCUUGCGGAGGAAAUUCGCGAAAUCAUGGCGAACCUAGGUUUGCGCCGUUUCCAAGAGCUGAUCGGCCGUACGGAUCUGUUGAAGGUGCGCGAAACCGUAUCGCACAAGGCAUCCCUUCUCGAUCUGCAGAUGUUGCUGAAGAGUGCGCUCGACUUGCGUCCGGGUACAAACAUCGUGGGUGGCUCUUUGCGGCAGGACUUUGUGCUGGAGAAGCGUGCCGAUAACGAGCUGAUUAAUCGCACAAUGGGUGUCAUUGAGGGCAGCGAGACGCACAAGACCCUCGAAAUGAAGAUUAACAACGAGGAGCGUGCGUUCUCCAGUACCCUUAGCUAUGAGAUCGCACGACGUUAUGGCGAUGCAGGUCUACCGGACGGACGUUCGAUCAACAUCAACCUGACCGGAUCGGCCGGUCAAAGCUUCGGUGCGUUCCUGGUGAAGGGUGUCAAGAUGACCUUGCAGGGCGAUGCCAAUGAUUAUGUUGGUAAAAGCCUUUCCGGAGGCACGAUCGUGAUUCGCCCACCAGUGGGCACUACCUUCGAAUCGCACCUGAACGUGAUCGUGGGCAACGUGUGCCUGUACGGUGCGACCUCGGGUCGUGCCUUCUUCCGUGGCAUUGCGGCCGAACGAUUCUGUGUGCGCAACUCGGGUGUAACGGCCGUUGUGGAGGGUGUCGGCGAUCACGGUUGCGAGUACAUGACGGGCGGUAUGGUGGUCAUUCUUGGGCUGACGGGACGUAACUUUGCUGCCGGUAUGUCGGGUGGAAUUGCGUACGUACUCGACGUGGAUGGUACCUUCCGUUCGAAGGUGAAUCCGGGCAUGGUGGAAUUGCUUGGACUCGACCUGGAUGAGGAUCGUCAAACGGUGAAGGAUUUACUGCAGGAAUUCGUUAACGAGACCGGUUCCGAGGUGGCGAAGGAGCUGCUGUCAAAGUGGCCCGAACCUUGCCAACAGUUUGUGAAAGUAUUUCCGUACGAGUAUCAGAAGGCGCUGAAUGCUUUGAAGGAGAAAACGGCCACCAAGGCGAUCACGGCAAACGGACACCCGAAGGAACCGCAGGUGAAGGAUAUUGAGGAAUCGAUCCAAGAUGGACAGCUGGCAAAGAAGAAACUGGACCAGGUACUGGACAAGACGCGCGGUUUCAUCAAGUACAAGCGUGAAACUUCCGUCUACCGUAACGCAGCCGAACGCCAGCAGGACUGGAAGGAGGUGUUCAAUUUCCCGCACGUUCGCACAAACCUGAAGGUGCAGGCUGCCCGUUGCAUGGAGUGCGGCGUACCAUUCUGUCAGUCGAACUCGCACGGUUGCCCGCUGGGAAACAUCAUUCCCAAAUGGAACGAUCUUGUGUUCAAUGGCAACUGGCGCGAGGCUAUUAAUCAACUGCUGCAGACGAACAAUUUCCCCGAGUUUACGGGCCGUGUCUGUCCGGCACCGUGUGAGGGCGCGUGUGUGCUCGGUAUCUCCGAACCGGCCGUCACGAUUAAGAACAUCGAGUGUGCGAUCAUUGACCACGCGUUCGAGCAGGGUUGGAUUACGCCGCAAGUACCGCAGGUGCGCACCGGCAAACGUGUAGCGGUUGUUGGUUCGGGACCUGCAGGGUUGGCAGCCGCACAGCAGCUUAACAAGGCCGGACAUCAGGUGACGGUGUUCGAGCGCAACGAUCGUCCCGGUGGCCUGCUGCAGUACGGCAUUCCCACGAUGAAGCUAUCGAAGGACGUCGUACAGCGUCGCCUUGAUCUGAUGGUGGCGGAAGGUAUUGAGUUCCGCUGCAACGUGCACAUCGGGCGUGAUGUGAUGGGUUCGCAGCUGGAGCAGGAGUACGAUGCAGUGCUGUUCACGACCGGUGCUACAUGGCCACGUGAUUUGAACCUGCCGAACCGUGAACUGAAGGGUAUUCACUUUGCGAUGGAGUUUCUGGAGGCGAGCCAGAAGAAGUUGAACGGUGCUCGACCGGAUUGGAUAUCGGCCGAGGGCAAGGAUGUGAUCGUUAUCGGUGGCGGUGACACCGGCUGCGAUUGUAUUGCAACCUCGUUGCGCCAGGGUGCUAAAUCGAUCACCACGUUUGAGAUCUUACCCAUUCCGUCGGAGAAACGUGCCCAGGACAACCCAUGGCCGCAAUGGCCUCGUAUUUUCCGUGUCGACUAUGGUCACGAAGAGGUGCGUGUAAAAUGGGGCAAGGAUCCUCGCCAGUAUUCUACCACAACGAAGGAGUUUGUCAGCGACGGUAAUGGAAACAUCAAGGGCGUCAAUACGGUUCAGGUCGAGUGGACGAAAACGCCCACCGGCCAGUGGAGCAUGAAGGAGGUGCCUGGAUCGGAGAAAUACUAUCCCGCCGAUUUGAUCCUGCUCGCCAUGGGUUUCUUGGGCCCGGAAAAACAAGCACCUACCGAGAUGAAUCUGGAACUGGACGGACGGGGUAAUAUUAAAACCAGCGUUGGAAUGUACGGUACAGCCAAUCCGAAGGUUUUCGCUGCCGGUGACUGUCGCAGAGGUCAAUCGCUCGUAGUGUGGGCCAUCACAGAGGGACGUCAAGCGGCCAGACAGAUCGACACUUAUCUAAUGGGCAAACCGAGCGCCCUUCCCGGUCCGGGCGGUGUCAUCGAUACCACCCGAUCACCGAUCGCUGUCAAUGCCUAA